AUGCCCACCGUCACAGUUGGCCAGGACGAUUGCAAACCAGCGAAGUAUGGCGAGCGGCUCGAGACCCGGGGUCUCGACACGUGCAUCGGCAUCGUGGCAUACGGGCUGCCGUACAAGAAAGGCGGCGUCAACAAAGUCAUGGCGCACUGCUCACCGGGCAACGAGGACGCCAUCAUCGGGAACCUGUUCGUCACGGCCGUGCGGAACUCGGGCAUGACCCUCUACGGCAUCUGCAUGAGCUGCCCCAAGCCGGACCGCAACAACAGCGGGCCCCGUAAGAUCACCGACAAGCAGAUCCGGGACGCGCUCGCCGAGUCCCGGGGCAUCCGCAAGAGCGACGUCACGCAGGCCAUGAUCGACGAACAACGACAGGCCCUGGCCCAGCGCCUCACCGAGGCCCAGGACCGCGCCGAAGGCCACUGCAUCGAGGCCUUUGGCAUGGGUAUCAUGUCGCAUCCGCGCAGCACGUCGCGCGCCAACCAGCCGUAUCCCUACGGCUCGCUCGUCGCCACCGCGAGCCCCGGCGGCGAGGUCGAGGCCGACGGCCACAAGAUGGCCGACAUCCCGGACUGGACCGAGCCCGUCGCUGCCCCAGCC